AUGAAGGAGCAGCGGGUGGGACCGGGGGUACAGGACAAGGAGACAGAAGCUCCUCUCCUCUGGAAUAAUCCUUUUACGGAGGUUCUUAUCGGGGGAACCUACGUUUCUAGACAUAGACAUCAUGAGGAACCCAAGGUUCUAGAUCUACAGCAUCAUGAGGAACCCAAGGUUCUAGAUCUACAGCAUGAGGAGCCUAAGUUUCUAGAUCUAGACCAUCAUGAGGAACCAAAGGUUCUAGAUCUACAGCAUCAUGAGGAACCCAAGGUUCUAGAUCUACAGCAUCAUGAAGAACCCAAGGUUCUAGAUCUACAGCAUCAUGAGGAACCCAAGGUUCUAGAUCUACAGCAUCAUGAGGAACCCAAGGUUCUAGAUCUACAGCAUGAGGAGCCUAAGUUUCUAGAUCUAGACCAUCAUGAGGAGCCCAUGGAACCUAAGGUUCUAGAGAUAGACCAUCAUGAGGAACCUAAGGUUCUAGAUCUACAGCAUCAUGAGGAACCUAAGGUUCUAGAUCUACAGCAUCAUGAGGAACCUAAGGUUCUAGAUCUACAUCAUCAUGAGGAGCCUAAGUUUCUAGAGCUAGACCAUCAUGAGGAAUCUAAGGUUCUAGAUCUAGACCAUCAUAAGGAACCUGAGUUUCUAGAGAUAGACCAUCAUGAGGAACCCAAGGUUCUAGAUCUACAGCAUCAUGAGGAACCCAAGGUUCUAGAUCUACAGCAUGAGGAGCCUAAGUUUCUAGAUCUAGACCAUCAUGAGGAGCCUAAGGUUCUAGAUCUAGACCAUCAUAAGGAACCUAAGUUUCUAGAGAUAGACCAUCAUGAGGAACCUAAGGUUCUAGAUCUAGACCAUCAUAAGGAACCUGAGUUUCUAGAGAUAGACCAUCAUGAGGAACCCAAGGUUCUAGAUCUACAGCAUCAUGAGGAACCCAAGGUUCUAGAUCUACAGCAUCAUGAGGAGCCCAAAUUUCUUGAUCUAGACCAUCAUGAGGAGCCUAUGGUUCCAGAUCUAGACCAUCAUAAGGAUGCUAAGUUUCUAGAGAUAGACUGUCAUGAGGAACCUAAGGUUCUAGAGAUAGACCAUCAUGAGGAACCUAAGGUUCUAGAUCUACAUCAUCAUGAGGAGCCUAAGGUUCUAGAGAUAGACCAUCAUGAUGAACCUAAGGUUCUAGAUCUACAGCAUCAUGAGGAACCUAAGGUUCUAGAGAUAGACCAUCAAGAGGAGCCUAUGGUUCUAGAUCUAGACCAUCAUGAGGAACCUAACGUUCUAGACAUAGACCAUCAUGAGGAACAUAAGGUUCUAGAUCUACAGCAUCAUGAGGAUCCUAAGGUUCUAGAGAUAGACCAUCAUGAGGAACCUAAGGUUCUAGAUCUACAGCAUCAUGAGGAGCCUAAGGUUCUAGAGAUAGACCAUCAAGAGGAGCCUAUGGUUCUAGAUCUAGACCAUCAUGAGGAACCUAUGGUUCUAGACAUAGACCAUCAUGAGGAACAUAAGGUUCUAGAUCUACAGCAUCAUGAGGAUCCUAAGGUUCUAGAGAUAGACCAUCAUGAGGAACCUAAGGUUUUAGAUCUACAGCAUCAUGAGGAGCCUAAGGUUCUAGAUCUACAGCAUCAUGAGGAGCCUAUGGUUCUAGAUCUAGACCAUAAGGACCCUAAGGUUCCAGAUCUAGACCAUCAUAAGGAACCUAAGUUUCUAGAGAUAGACCAUCAUAAGGAACCUAAGGUUCUAGAGAUAGACCAUCAUGAGGAACCUACGGUUCUAGAUCCACAGCAUCAUGAGGAGCCUAAGUUUCUAGACAUAGACCAUCAUGAGGAACCUAAGGUUCUAGAUCUACAGCAUCAUGAGGAGCCUAAGGUUCUAGAUCUACAGCAUUGUGAGGAGCCUAAGGUUCUAGAGAUAGAGACCAUCAUGAGGAACCUAAGGUUCUAG